UAAUGUAAUAAACCUCAUCGUAUAAAGGUAAGAGUUGUGUUAGAUUUUUCAAGUUAUUCUUGUUGGAGAUAGCAAAGUUGGAAAGACAAGUUUCUUUAUUAGAGCCACCAAGAAUAUUACCCCAUAAUAACCUCAAUCUACUAUUGGAGUUGAAUAUGCCUCUAAAUAGAUUGUUUAUAAAGGGUAAUUAGUGACAUUGAAAAUAUGGGAUACAGGUAUGAUAAUAUUGAUUUAGCUGGAUCAGAAAAAUAUAAGUCUGUGACAUCAAAGU